UUCUACGAAGUUUUACUAGAUGACAAUAUGAGAAGCAGUAUUAGUUUUAGACAAUGCUAUCGACUGCACAGAUUCUUCCACACCAUUUCGAUAUGAUCCGGCAAGUUUUGAUGAUCUCUCCAUAAUUAAAUUGCUAAGAAUGAAGGAAGCCAAAUAUAAUAUUUAUGGUUUGAUAACCAAGCUAUCAAUAUAGCAAGAAAUGCUCUGUUUUUAAACUUCCGAGAAAGGUAUCCUGACUUCAAUAAAUGAGGUAGAAGUGACGAAAUCACAGAAACUUGUAAUUUCGGCUGUAUUCUCUUCGAGUUAGUUGUUCGUGAUCUUCUCAUUCAGCUCGGCCCUUAGCUUUUUUACUCAAUACCUGAGAAAGUAGACCGCAUAGCUUGAAUAUAUCCAUUUAUAGAGUGUGUAAGCUAUGCUCAAAUCUUCACCAAAAUAUUACAAUGAGGAACUAGUCCUCUGAAAACACCGUAAUACUUAAUUUCACACAAUUACGUUUAUUCCUUUUUUUCAACUUUAUCAUGGUUGAAAAUAGUUCUCUAGUUUGUACUGACAUUUUCUUUUCUCGUGAGUGUUUUAUGAAAUGUCAUCCAAGACUUGUUUUGUUGCAGAAAAGCUGUGCAAAAGUGCUUCCGUUGCAUGAAAUGACAUACUUUUCACAUGGACAUAUGAGCGCCACCUUUAAACAAUGUAGCUGAAAGAAAAUGCCACCGAUAGGUAAAAGCAAAAAUAAUAUAUAUAAUUCAAAGAAAAUUAACGCUUUAUGACAGCAUUCAGCAGCGCAUUUUCAAAAACAAAUUACGAAUGCGCAAAAAAAGAAAGGGCAUCUAAUUUGCAAAGUAAUUUAAUUCUGUAAUACGUGCUUAUGAACCACUAUACUUAACACUGUUGGUAACGUUGCCAUAACUUUGUCCACAGCAGUCUUUUAUACGUUCUAUUUCAUGGCUAUUAAUUUCGACCCCAUGUAAAUCGCGAGUUAAUUAUGCGUGCAGACCCCAUUUCAGUCAAUCAGAACUUUUUUGUUCACAUGGUACUCACUAGAACUUUCUAUCAACGGAAGCCUUAAAUACAGUGGUUUUUAGCGAGAAAAAGCAUACUAAUACAGCAAAAUAAAUUAUGUUCAACUUGAUUUUAUAUGGGAACAACACACAGCUUAAACAAUAUCUAAUUUAUCCAUCGAAACGUCGUUACCGUGGGACCAAGAUGAUCGAAGCAAAGAUGGUGGGUAUUUUGAUCAUCGCAAUCGAUCACCACUAAUGCUGUCUGUAUUUCUUGAAGCUUUGUACAAAUUGUAGCAAUAAAAGUAUAUAUAAACUUCCACCAAGUCUUGUCGCAACCCACGCUACAACCCUAACCGCUACCCCAGUGCUAAACUGAUACUUUGUUUAUCAAUUCGAAGAAAUGAAAGACGAUGUUCCCCCGAUGUAAUUUGAACUCUGAACGCAGAGAGCCAGAAAUGACGCUACAAGAUUCCCUUUUUCUUUUAAUUGGACGUGACUCUGAUGUGAAACAAUGAUCCUCUUGGAUAAUGUGCUUCCUAUCGUCGAUGAUUUUGAUCCUCCCAAAUGUCUCAGUGAACGCUGCCAUGACAUAUUUCCUGAUUUUGUGACGUUUGUCAUCAUACCAGCUGCUGUAUUGCUUUUGGUUGUUCUCUUUCUCAGCUGCAUGAUGUGUUGUGGUAGAGUUGGCAUAGAGAAAAGAAUUUGUCAGACACCAGAAUCUGAGCUAACUCAGUACACUUCAAUUCGGCAAGCUUCCCUUAGUCUUCGUCAAUUGUCAAAUAAUCGCGAUACUCCAAUAAAUAUAAGAAGUGCCUCUUUGUCACUUGCACAUCAAAAGCGCCGACAGCGUCUCAACAAGGCCCAUGGAAAUACAUCUCAGUCUGCCCCAACAACUUUACAGAGAUGAAGAUCAGAGAAAAACUGAUUGCCAUGCAGUAUAUUCAGAUCCAAAGCUGAGACAGCCAAGAAAUCUACAGAGAAAUAAGCAUUUUCAGACUCUGAUUACAACAAUUGUAAAAAAGAAAACAAUGCUCCUAUUAUUUAUUGACUCAAUGUAUUAUUCCAAAUUGUAUACAUACUUAAAAUAAAAUUAUCCUAUAUUAA